AUGUCUAGAGAUAAAAAAGAUAAAAAUUGGUUAGAAUCUCAAAUACAAGAAAAUCACAUUAAAUGUAUUGCUUAUUCCGAAUUUUCUGAUUUGAAUAUCGUCGGAGAAGGAGGGAGUGGCUCUGUUUAUAAAGCAAGUUGGAAAAGUCGUAGGAUGAUAGUUGCUUUAAAAUUUUUUAAAUCGGAUGCCAACGAUCAGGAAACUGAUAAAACGCCUUGGAAAGAAUUCAUUAGAGAGGAGGUUAUUUUCAACGCUUAUUCCAUUUCAAGCAAGGUACCAUUCGCUAAUCUUGAAAAUUAUAAAGUUAUAAUGAGAAUUGCUGUUGGAGAUCGAGAAAACAGGGUAGAUGGUACACCUGAGCCAUAUUUUCAACUUUAUUCAAAAUGUUGGAAAUGUGAUCCAGAAGAACGUCCUGACAUUACAGAAGUUGUUGAGACUUUGGAAAAUUUUAGCUUGGAAAAUGGGGAUAAUGCGCUGAUAACUAACCCUAAUAUCCCAACAAUUAAUUUACCAUCAGAUGCAUUAGAUGUAGAUGAUAAACUUACCACAUCCGUGUCAAGUUCUAUUUCUAAUAGCAAUCCUACAACUAUGGAAAUUAAUCUUGAAAUGGGUAAUGAUUCCGACCUUUUUUUAUCAUGA